CCAAAGAAAGUGAUAAAGAUAAUGAAUUGAUGAAAUUUAUGAAAAAUACCAAUCACUUUUUACAUAACAAUGAUUAUGAAAGCAGGAUUGAUGCUGCAAAGGAACAUAAUAAUAAUGUUAAUUUGCAAAGAUUACUAUUUAAACAAAUUAGACAUUCACCAGCAUCUACAUAUGAAGCAGCUGAAUCAAGACAUGGACAACUAAAUAUGGAUGAUACAGAACCUGCACGUGAAUUAGUAGGCAGAGCUGAUACAACAACAACAGUUAUGUCUGCAUAUUGGGCAAUUGGCAGAGAUGAUACAACAACAAUAGCUUCUGCAUCUGUAGGAUUAGGUAGAGCUGAUCAAACAACAAUAGCAUCUGCAUCUAUAGCACUAGGCAGAGCUGAUAGAACAACUACACCUGCAAUGCAAGGUGGAGAUGACACAACAACUACACCAGCAAUGCAAGAGAGAGCCAAUAAAAUAUAA